AUGAAUGAGCAAAGCCUUAACCCGAAGUCCCAGACCCUCCCGCUGACCCACAAGGCCGAGAAGGAUGAGCUAUUCUGCGCUUACGCCGCAAUGAUCCUCAAGGACAGCGAGCUUGACAUCACUGAGGACAACCUCAACGCACUCAUCAAGGCCGCAGGUGGUUCCAUCGACUCCUUCUUCCCAGCCCUCUUUGCUAAGCUCUGCCAAGGAAAGGACCUGGAGUCCAUGCUGAAGUUCGGCGGCGGCGGAGGCGGCGGGGCUCCUAUGGCUGGAGGGGCUGCGGGAGCGGAUGGUGGCGGUGCACCUGCCGAGAAGAAGGAGGAGAAGAAGGUCGAAGAAGAGGAAGAGGAAGAGGAGAUGGACUUCGAUCUGUUCGGAUGA